CAAAGCCCCAAUCACUUCAUUCUCAUUUCUCUUCCUCCUUCAAUUUCGACGAAUUUUCUCUCUAAUCUUUUCUAUUGCAGCUAUGGAUUCCGAUCCGACCCGCCGCCACGGCCAUUCGCGCCAGCAACACGCCUCCAGCGAGCUUCUUUCCAGCGCCAAGGUGGUUGCUCAGGCGGCCCAGGCCACUUUCCGCCACGAAUCCGGCAAAGUCGACAAGGCUCAGGUCGCCCAUGCCGCCGGCGAUCUUCUCGAGGCAGCUUGUCACUACGGCAAAUUGGAGGAUAAGUCCUUUGGGAAGUACGUUGACAAGGCCGAGGAUUACCUUCACAAGUACGGCGGCUCCUCCCACAACGCCGUCGGUGGCGCACAUUCCGACCAUCCGACCGCCGCCAGUUCGCACUCCACAAAACCGGAUCAUCAGUCACAUGGGCAGGGGGAUUACUUGAAGAUGGCUCAAGGGUUCUUGGGAUCGGGCUCGAAAGCUGAUUCUCACUCGUCAAAACCAGGCCACUCGGAAAGUGGCGGCGGCAGCGGCGGCUACCAGGAUUACUUGAAGUUGGCUCAAGGCUUCCUGAAAAAGUGAUGGGAUUGUUUUUGUGAAAUCUGUAUGUAGUUUGUCGGUUUUACCAUAGAGACAUAUUUGCUGGUAUGAUUCUUCUGAUCUGGUAUGGAAUUCCACUUCUUGCUUCGUAACUUCAAUUCAUCGUAUGUGAUGUAUUGUUCCUCAAAAGGCUCAAACUCUGGUUUGAAUAUAUAUAUGUAUAUAUAUAUCAUGUGCUCAAUUUUUAGUUGUUAUGUCAAUCAAAAAGUAGGAUGCAGUGGAGAAGAAUCUUGGAAGUGGACAGAGAUGUCUCUAUGUUGCGAUGAAUCAAUAAAUGGAUAUUGAGUAACAGUAAAGAUAAGAUAAUUCCCUU